AUGGAAGAUGAAGAAGAAAGGUUCCGAGCGAAGAUUGACCCGUGGUCGCACGAGGUUCGACCGCACGGUUCGUCGAGUACCGGCCGUCCGCUGAAGUCGUGGACUUCGGCUGCUGUUUUCGCUUCCUUUGUUGUGAUCAUCCUUUGCGGGAGCGCCGUCUCUUGGCUGGAUAUUUUCAUAUUUCCAGGAGUUUCUUUAAGCCAAAUGAUUCCUGCUAAGAGGGGCCACCGAGAGCUGCCUCAGAAGAUGGAAUUCCCUCUCAACUGCACCAAUUCAUCAACCAUGCCCCAGACCUGCCCGGCGAACUACCCGAAGAAACACGAGCCCAAGGAAUCGUACACCGUGGCAUGCCCAGAGUACUUCCGGUGGAUCCACGAGGAUCUUCGGCCCUGGAAGAGCACGGGGAUCACAAGAGAGAUGAUGGAGAGAACCAAACACAUUGCCCACUUCAGACUCGUGAUUGCGAAUGGCAACGCUUAUAUAGAACACUACAAGAGGCCCUUCCAGACACGAGAUGUGGGCACAAUUUGGGGGAUUUUGCAGCUCCUGAGGUUGUAUCCUGGGAAAGUGCCAGAUUUGGAGCUCAUGUUCUAUUGCAACGAUAGGCCGGUGAUCAUGAAAAGUCACUAUCAAGGGCCAAAUGCUGCGUUGCCCCCGCCGCUCUUCCACUACUGCCGGGACGAGACAUCGCUGGAUAUAUUAUUUCCUGAUUGGUCAUUCUGGGGAUGGCAUGAGGUCAAUAUAAGGACAUGGGCAAAUACAUACCAAGCCAUCAAAAAGAAGGCAAAGGAAAUCGAAUGGAAAGAUCGGAUGCCAUACGCAUACUGGAAAGGCAACCCGGAUGUGUCGCCAAAGAGGCAAGAUCUGAUGACGUGCAAUGCUACUGAUGAGUAUGACUGGAAUGCUCGUCUAUAUGUCCAGAAUUGGGCUGCUGAAUCUAGUCAUGGAUACAAGGAAUCGAGAUUGGAAGAUCAAUGCAUCCACAGGUACAAGAUCUUUGUGGAAGGCCAGGCAUGGUCCGUGAGCGACAAAUACAUUCUGGCAUGUGAUUCGACGACUCUGAUGAUAGAGCCGGUUUAUCACGAUUUCUUCCUAAGAGGGAUGAUCCCGGUGGAGCAUUACUGGCCCAUUAGGCUCAACAACAAGUGUAGAGACAUCAAGUUUGCAGUAGAAUGGGGCAACAAUCACAUCAAAGAGGCACAAGCCAUUGGAGAAAGUGGGAGUAGAUUCAUGGAGGAGAAUCUGAAGAUGAAAUACGUGUACGACUACAUGCUUCACCUACUUGUCGAGUACGCAAAGCUCCUCAAAUUCAAGCCCGAGGUGCCGGCGGGAGCGACCAAGUACUGCGCCGAGGGGAUGGCGUGCCCGGUUAGCGGUCUGUUUAGGACAAACAUGGAGGACUCCAUGGUAAAGUCCCCCAGCGAUUCACUGCCUUGCACGCUGCCACCUCCUUAUGACCCAAGGGAGCUUCAAGACUUCAUGGAGAGGAAAAGGAACAACACUAGGCUACUGGAGAUGUGGGAGGCUGAGUAUUGGAACAAUCUUAACAAGAAACAUUGAAAUGCCGCUUUCGCUCAUGCAUUCUUCUUCUUCCUCUUCUUCUUGGGCUCUUACCAGAAUGUGGUUAC